AUGCCUUCACAUAAUAUUGGUUACGUUCUGAUUCCUGACAAGCUGCUAACACAGAUUGCGAUCAUAUGUGAGAUCCGCACCCCUAUUUUGGCACUCCUCGCCAGCACGCAGGGCGCUGCGCCUUCCCCCUCCCACCGCUGCAUGGGCAAAGCCAUCUCCCUCCUCCGGCCACCGCAACCACCUCCAGAGGACGAGGCGGAGAUGAUGGAGCUGAGGAAGCGCCCGAGGCCGCGGCGCGUCGACCCGGACUUCGUCUCGUCCCCGCCUCCCCUGCCGCCGAGGAAGCGGGCGCGGAAGGAGGCAGCAGCGCAGAAGCUGGUCGAGGCCGCGGGAGCUCCGAAGCGGCAGCCGCCGAGGAAGGGGACCAGGCUCGCCGCAGUGGGCAUCGGAUGCCCCGUCGCGGGGCUCCAUCCGGCGACGUGCGGCCGGCAGCCGCCGCUGCGCACGUCGACGCGCGUCCUCUUCCGCCCGCGCCAUCCAUUCAACUGGUACGAGCCGGACCUCUGGACGGAGGUGGCCAAGCACCUCUGCGGGUUCGACCUGCUCCGCCUCUCCUCGACCUGCCGCUGGUUCCGCCGCCUCCUCGCCGACGACUCCAUCUGGCGCUACGCCUUCUUCCGCGACCUCAACCUCUCCGACGCCAACCCGCGCGUUCAUCGCCCGCUCUUCCGCUCCUGGCGCUACCUCUACUUCGCCGCCUUCGAUGGUUCCCACGCCUUCUCGUUCUGCCAGAACGGCGAGCACCGAAGUUCGUGGCGGAUCGGGUCAUUCGUGAUGGACUCGCCGGACAUGGUGCUGAUCGGGAGGCUGCCUCUGCCGAAGUGGCUGCCGUCGGAUCCCGAAGACGUGCGGCUCACCAUCACGAUACUGGGCGCCUGCAAACUCCUCAACGUCCGCCCCGGGAUCUGGAUCACCGACAUGCAUGUGAUGCGAUGCCCCUUGUGCAACCGCAACAGCUGCCGAGGGAACAAGCAGAUCCUGGACGCACGCCACUCUGAGCUGUUCCUGGAGAAGGCGUACUGGGACGAGACCUUGGAGUACGAGAGCCUCGGCGAGUACUUCCAGGACGAGGAGGUCGCCGCCGCCUUCUGUGCCGUCGUCAACGCGAAGCAGUUCGCUUCUCCAUCCACUGCAACUGUUCUCAACAGGGCCUGGGCCGGGAAGCGAGACGACCCCAUGACCAGGCACUGUGCUUCCGCAACCGCCGCUGCCAUCCACACCAACCUCCAGAGCAACGGAGGCCUGCUAUCGACGUUCGAGGCGAUGCGGGACACGGGCAGGGACGGACAGAUCGUGUCCGUCAGGAUCUCCCAGGUGCUCUUCUGA